AUGCAUAAACCUCCUUCUAGCCAAUUUUACUCUUCUAAUAUGACUACUGUGAACCAGCUUAUUGAUCAUGAUUCUAAGACCUGGAAAACAGAUAUCUUGAAUGUUUUAUUUGAUGAAAAUAUUGUGGCAGAGAUUAUUAAUAUUAGAAUCCCUAUUGCAGGAAAGGAUCAGCUAAGAUGGGAGCCUUCUAGUAAUGGCAUUUUCACUAUCAAGUCUGCUUACAGUUCCAUCUUUAAUGAUAGUUUAGUUGAUAAACCCACUAAGAACAAUCUAGAUAUAUGCUGGAAAUCUUUUUGGAGAUAUAAAUUAUCUCAAAGAGUCCAGCACUUUAUGUGGAAAUACCUUCAUGGAUGUAUUGCUACAAAAUCUAGACUUUCUAGGUUCACUAGACAUCAGGAUAAUAGCUGUGCUUUAUGCAACAACAACAACGCUGAAACCUUACAACAUCUCUUUUUUGAGUGCCCAAGUAUGGGAGAUUGGACAAGAACUAAAAGUUUACAGAUUAACAACAACAGUUUUGUGAUAAUAGCAGACAAGUUCUGGAAGGCGCCUUGUACAUACACCCUAAAAAUAAAUUUUGAUGCUUCACAUAUUGAUAAAUCAGUACUCUCAAGCUGGGGACUAAUAUGUAGAGAUUUUGCAGGGAAUAGCUAUGGACUGCGAGGAGGUGCACAUCUAGCCAUUGAUCCAGAACAAGAUAAGGCGCAAUCCCUUUUAGAAGCAGUACAAUGGGCGUUAAAGAAUGGAUGGAGAAGGAUUCACUUGGAGGGAGAUUGUCAGAAUGUGAUAGCUGCAGUAAAUGGAAGUUCUACGUCAAUAAAAUGGACUACUUCUAACUUAGUCCAAGAUACUCUAGUUUUAUUAAGUUCUUUUGAUUUCUGGGCAUGCACUUAUGUACAUAGAGAUGCAAACCACAUUGCAGACUCUUUAGCUAAGAAUGUAAGAACCCAAGCAAUUUGUUUCUGCUGGUCAGAUAAUAUGCCUAGCUGGGUUAAUCAUUUAAUCCAGCAGGAUAAAAACAAUUUGUAA